CGGGCGUCGAAGAGGAAAGGGAAGGGAAAAGGGGCGGGAGAAGGAGACGGAGGGGCGGCGCCCGAGUCACGUGACCCGGGACAGCCCGGAAAGCUCCGAGGAGGAGCCUGGCGCCGCCAUUUUCCUGCAGCUGCCUGUCCCUCUUGCCCUGCCCGGCUCCAGCUGACCAGGGAAGGGGUGGGCUGAGCUGAGGCGGGGGCAGGGGAGUGCCCGACUCCGUGCCUGACCCGGCGGGUGACACGAGCCGGUUCUUUCCCGGCUGGGUGGCAGCGCGCGGCCCUGAGCCCCGCCCCAGGCCGGCAGGCGGAGAAGGAGCCGGUGGGGGUAGGGGGUGCGGUGGGGGGUGGGGGUCCUCCGGCGCUUGGGGGUCCCAGUCCCCGCCGGCUGCCGAGCGGGAGGGGUGGCGGAGGCGCCGCAGAGAUGUCCGGCCAGAGCUUGACGGACCGAAUCACCGCCGCUCAGCACAGUGUCACCGGCUCCGCGGUAUCCAAGACAGUAUGCAAGGCCACGACCCACGAGAUCAUGGGGCCCAAGAAAAAACACCUGGACUACUUAAUUCAGUGCACAAAUGAGAUGAAUGUGAACAUCCCACAGUUGGCAGACAGUUUAUUUGAAAGAACUACUAACAGUAGUUGGGUGGUGGUCUUCAAAUCUCUCAUUACAACUCAUCAUUUGAUGGUGUAUGGAAAUGAGCGCUUUAUUCAGUAUUUGGCUUCAAGAAACACGCUGUUUAACUUAAGCAAUUUUUUGGAUAAAAGUGGAUUGCAAGGAUAUGACAUGUCUACAUUUAUUAGGCGGUAUAGUAGAUAUCUCAAUGAAAAAGCAGUUUCAUACAGACAAGUUGCAUUUGAUUUCACAAAAGUGAAAAGGGGGGCUGAUGGUGUUAUGAGAACAAUGAACACUGAAAAACUCCUCAAAACUGUACCAAUUAUUCAAAAUCAGAUGGAUGCCCUUCUUGAUUUUAAUGUUAAUAGUAAUGAACUUACAAAUGGGGUAAUAAAUGCUGCCUUCAUGCUCCUGUUCAAAGAUGCCAUUAGACUGUUUGCAGCAUACAAUGAAGGAAUUAUAAACCUGUUAGAAAAAUAUUUUGAUAUGAAAAAGAACCAGUGCAAAGAAGGUCUUGACAUCUAUAAGAAGUUCCUGACUAGGAUGACAAGAAUCUCAGAAUUUCUCAAAGUUGCAGAGCAAGUUGGAAUUGACAGAGGUGAUAUACCAGACCUUUCACAGGCCCCAAGCAGUCUUCUUGAUGCUUUGGAACAACAUUUAGCUUCCUUGGAAGGAAAGAAAAUCAAAGAUUCUACAGCUGCAAGCAGGGCAACAACACUUUCCAAUGCAGUUUCUUCCUUGGCAAGUACUGGCCUGUCUCUAACCAAAGUGGAUGAGAGGGAAAAGCAGGCGGCAUUAGAGGAAGAACAGGCUCGUUUAAAAGCUUUAAAGGAACAGCGCCUAAAAGAACUUGCAAAGAAACCUCAUAGCUCUUUAACAACCGCAGCCUCUCCUGUGUCCUCCUCAGCAGGGGGUAUAAUGACUGCACCAGCCAUUGACAUCUUUUCUACUCCUAGUUCUUCUAACAGCACAUCAAAGCUACCAAAUGAUCUGCUUGAUUUACAACAGCCAACUUUUCACCCAUCUGUACUUCCUAUGUCAACUGCUUCUCAGGUAGCAAGUACAUGGGGAGAUCCUUUCUCUGCUACUGUAGAUGCUGUUGAUGAUGCCAUUCCAAGCUUAAAUCCUUUCCUCACAAAAAGUAGUGGUGAUGUUCACCUUCCCAUUUCUUCAGAUGUAUCCACUUUUACUACUAGGACACCUACUCAUGAAAUGUUUGUUGAUUCUUUUUGUGGCACUCAAGCUUAUCCUAAUACUACCCUUAUGUGCCAUGAGCCUUCUACCGUAGCUGGUUUAUUUGGAGGAUUCACUCCAUCUCCAGUUGCACAGCCACAUCCUUCGGCUGGCCUUAAUGUUGACUUUGAAUCUGUGUUUGGAAAUAAAUCUACCAACGUUAUUGUAGAUUCUGGGGGCUUUGAUGAACUAGGUGGACUUCUCAAACCAACAGUGGCCUCUCAGAACCAGAGUCUUCCUGUUGCCAAACUCCCACCUAACAAGUUAGUAUCUGAUGACUUGGAUUCAUCCUUAGCCAACCUGGUGGGCAAUCUUGGCAUUGGAAAUGGAACUACUAAGAAUGAUGUAAAUUGGAGUCAGCCAGGUGAAAAGAAGCUAACUGGAGGAUCUAACUGGCAGCCAAAGGUUGCACCAACAACUGCUUGGAAUGCUGCAACAAUGAAUGGCAUGCAUUUUCCACAAUACGCACCCCCUGUAAUGGCCUAUCCUGCUACUACACCCACAGGCAUGAUAGGAUAUGGAAUUCCUCCUCAGAUGGGAAGUGUACCUGUAAUGACGCAGCCAACCUUAAUAUAUAGCCAGCCUGUCAUGAGACCACCAAACCCCUUUGGUCCUGUAUCAGGAGCACAGCUGUCGGCAGCAUCCAGCCCCUCCAGUCACAGUCCUCACAGAGCUUCAGGAAAGGACCCUUUUGCAGAGCUCUCUUUGGAGGAUUUCUUAUAAAUCACUUUAGAUACAGUUUAUGUAACUAGAUGGAAGAGAAUGGAAUUAUUCCAAAAAGACAAGUGCUCAAGCAGCAAAUACUUACUUCCAGCAAAAUCCAAACUGCUGUCUCUUAAACUCUCUUCUUCCAUUAGAAUGCUACAGUAACCCAGUGAAGGCCCAUGAAGGAAAUUGGGACUAGUGUAUAGGAGAACAUAUCAAUACAGUUUAUAAAGCCAAGGAUUGCCAUGAUUUCAGACUAAGAUCUGUCUUUUUGGUGACUAACUUUUCAGUUCUUUCAACUCUUAUUAAUACCCAUAAUCAGUAACCUACCAAGAAAAGACCCUUAUUUGGAAAGUGUGAAAUUUGUAUUUGGAAAAGCUGCCUGGAGAGAAGAGCUGUGUCCUUUACUGUAAUGCAACAGAACUCUUUUGGGGGUUAUCAAAAUCGUAAUUCUUAAUUAUGCAGUAUCUUUCUUUUCUCCAGUCCUCACAGAUACAAGAACAGUAACUAAAAUUAACUUUUCUUUUAAAAAAA